UGAAAAUUCCCUCAAAGGGUAUAAUUCUCUUACACCACUUUACACUAGUCGAGUCGAAGUGACAAACGUAUUUAUUUAUUUAUUUACGAAUCAAAUCGAAAUCAAAACUGUUGAUUGUAGAAGCAAAAGAUACUCCCUCCAUGCUUAAUGGAAUUCUUAUUUUUUUUUUAUUCGAUUGAAUUUACCUUUCGCAUGAUACUGUAUUAAAUACAAUUAAAAAUAAAUUAAUUGUCCAGUAUAAUAAUUUUUGGUUGAAUUAAUUUAUAAAUCAUUUUCUGAUAAUAUUCCAAUAUGAGCACAAUGAAUUUCAUCGGGAAAAUUCGGGUCAGAAGCCUAGAAGAGCUUAACAGCAAUAUAAAUUUAAACAUCUCCAACUUUGUUGAAAUAGUUUCGGAAAAUGACAAUACAACACCAGUUGUACAACACAUGGAAAUACAAGAUUACCUUGAAGAGGAUAUGAAAACCGUAUCCACUUUAUACCCCAAACCACCAAAAGUUAUGCAAAUAGAAACAUAUUGUGUAAACCCAGCUCUCUACCGAGAUAUUUUAAAUCCAAUUCAACAGGAGGCUAAACCAAUUAAAUCUACAGAAGAGUCAACGUGUCCCACUGCAAUGGACCAAUCUCAUUUUGAUAAUGCUUAUUCCGAUUUAGGAAAUGUACUAACUCAGACUAUUUUAGAUAGCUCAAAUAUAGGUAACAAACCGGAGCAAGAAAGUCCAGUUGAGAAUAUUAAAAUCGAAAUUAAGACUACACCUUCUAAGUGCAGAGAAGAAAUGUCUGAUAAUUCUAUCUGUUUUAUGGAAUAUGUUGAAACGGUAUUUGGUGUUGGAUGCAAUGGGGAAGACUGCUCUUGUGCUCCCAUUCAACUUCAAAAUGAAGAAAAAACAUUUUCCGAAAACCCUGCAUUAUCACAUAUUGUUUAUAAUUAUUUGACUGACAUUGAAAGACCAGUUUGCGAGAAGGAAAAAAACAAUUCUCUUGAUUAUACGGAUGACCAACUAAUUGAUAAUUUAGAAAUAACAUCCAAAUCGACAAAAUCUAAUAUCGACGAUAAAAUAGGUCCACAGCCAUCACCUCAUAAAACAGAAAGUCUUAAUUAUACGACAAACAAAAAUAAUAGCAAACCAAAUAUCAUUUCUCUGGAUGAGUUUUUUUCUUCAAAUAAAAGAAUAAUUCCGGGGACAACUUUUUGCAUUGAUGAGUUCAAACAUGCAAAAACAGAGAACGUAACUGCAGUUUUUUUGACGCAUUUCCAUUUGGAUCAUUUACAUCGCUUAAAAAAAAGGAAAUUCUCAAAACCAAUUUACUUGUCAAGGAUAACUGCUACUAUAUUACGAGACGUAUUGCCUGUAAAUGAAUUAAUGCUAAAAGUCAUGGAUUUAAACAACACCAUUACAAUCGACGGUGUGAAGGUUACUGCUUUAAAUGCAAAUUAUUGCCCGGGAGCAAUAAUGCUUUUGUUCCAGCUUUCAAGUGGUUUGAAUGUUUUAUACACUGGAGAUUUCCGUGCAUCAUCAGCAAUGGAGCUUAAUCCAUUUCUAAGAGCAAAUAAAAUCGAUGUUUUGUAUUUGGACACGGCAUACAUAUCCAGCAAGAUCUCAUCUCAGUCUCAAGAGAAAAGUAUCUCAGAUGCUAUAACUAUCAUUCAAAAGUUUAAGCUUAGCUACUACGACAAACGCAUACUAUUUCUGUUCGGUCAUAUUGGGUUGGGAAAUGACGAGUUAUGGCUUGAUAUAGCUGAUAAAUUUGACUUAAAGGUAUGGACAGAUGAAUUUAAUUUAAAAAUGCUAACUGCAAUCGGAAAUGAAGAAUACAUCCAAAGAUUUGUACUAAAUGCCGAACAAGCUGACAUGCACUUGAUUCAACAUUCCAAUUUAAGUUACCAUGGGACAAACGAGCAUUGGAAAAAAUUUAAAGACACUUAUGACAUUAUGCUUGCAAUAAAACCCAAACAAUGGGUGGAAAACAAAUGUAGAGAAUUCUAUAAAGGUGAAAUAAACAUUGUUGAAGUGGAAUAUUCUAGUCAUUCCAAUGAAACCGAAAUACGAAAAUUUUUGGCGUUUUUACAGCCAAAACGCGUUAUCACAAUAUCCCCUGUUGGAAAGGAUCAAAAGUACCCUGAAGUUCCAUUGUCAUGGUAUAAAGAAAAAUGGUUUUCGCCAGUUAAGAAGCAAGCUUCCAUGUAUGAUUUUUUCAAAGUUAAACCGAAAAAAUAAGUUUAAAUUACUAUAUGUUUUCUAAGUUAACUUAUCAUCUUCCAUAUAGUAUUUAAUUUUUUCAAAGAAAAUGUUAGUCCUUCCAUUUUUUUUAAGUUAAACGAAAAAUUAAAUUUUCAUUGCUUGUUUUUCCGAGUUUAAAAGUCAUCUUCCAUUUGGAAUAUUAGUUUUUAAAUCUUAGAUUAGAUUUUUUUUUUAAAGAUAACCAAAAAAAAAA